AUGCCGUCGGCCGAGAACCAACAACAGCUGGACAUUGCAGCAGAGCGCGCAAAGUGUACCUUUGACCCGUCCCAACUGACAGCACUGUUCUAUGGCGGAGAAGAGAAAAUGAAGCGCUUCAAGGCGAUUGAGGCCAUGGUCGAUCGGGAGCCUGUGUUUGAUCGUACCGACCGCUACUUUCUUGGGCGCACUGAGAGGUUCAAGAGGGCUUUGCCCAUGGUGAAGCGAUAUGUCGAACUCCGAAAUGAGCAUGGACUCACCCCUGAGGAGGCUGCACACUUCAAAGUCUACAUCGACGAUUACAUCCCCGUCCACCUGCAUGAAUCAAUGUUUUUGCCGGUGCUGAGGUCGCAGGCGAGCGACGAGCAGCUCAAGGUCUGGGGCCCUCACGCCGAGAACUAUCAUUACAUCGGAUGCUACGCACAGACAGAACUCGGGCACGGCUCGGCUCUCUCGCGCCUCGAGACUACUGCUACCUUGGACUUGGCAACAGACCAAUGGGUCAUCAACUCCCCUACCCAGUCCUCGGCCAAAUUCUGGAUCGGUACCUUGGGCAAGAUGGCCAACCAUGCUGUCGUUCAGGCCAAGCUGAUCAUCAAGGGUAAAGACUAUGGUUCUCACCCUUUCUUGGUCCCCCUUCGGUCGUUGAAAGAUCAUACCCCUCUGCCUGGUGUUGUCAUCAAGGACCAGGGUCCUAAACAAGGAGCUAUCUCGAUGGAUAACGGGUACGCCCGUUUCAACCACGUCCGCAUCCCACGCACCAACAUGCUGAUGAGGUUCUCGCAGGUGUCGAAGGAGGGUGUAUACUCCAAGCCCAUCCACCCCAAGCUUGCCUACGGAGGCAUGACCGCCGUCCGCACCACCCUCAUCAACCACUCUGCCCUCUCCAUGGCCAGAGCGGUGACGAUUGCGACAAGAUACAGUGCGGUGCGUCGUCAGGGCAACGUUGACUUGAAGACAGAUCUCGAGACCCAGGUCCUGGACUACCCAGCUGUCCAAUACCGCAUCCUCCCUCUCCUCUCGCACGCGUUUGCUACCAUCUUUUCAGGAUACUGGAUGAACGAGAUGUACGCCCAAUACAAUACCGACAUCACUAAAGGCGACACUUCCCUGUUGAAGGAUGUCCAUGUCUACUCUUCGGGACUCAAGUCUUACUGCACCAAGCUUGGUGCAGAUGGGAUUGAGGAGGCCAGACGGUGCCUGGGAGGACAUGGGUUCUCGCUGUUCUCGGGCAUGAUUGAUUUCCAUCGGCAGUUCUUGGCUACUGUUACCUAUGAGGGUGAGAAUGCUCUCUUGACUCAACAAGUGUCGAGAUACUUGCUAAAGUUGUACAAGGACGUAAUCCGCAAACCCGACAUGCACCUGUCCCCUCCUUCGCGGUACAUUGUCUCGUUGGUCAAUCAUGAGCGCUUUGUCCAACAGCGUUGUCCGGCCAGAUCCAUGGCGGAGUUGUAUCAUCCCAAGAUUGUUCAGAAAGCCUUCCAGCACCGUGCGGCUCGUCUGAUCUUUGAGCUUGCUCAGGCUGAGAAGCAGGGUGCUCAAUGGUCGGACCUUAACCUUGAGUGUAUGCGUCUCUCAAAGGCGCAUGUGCAAUACAUUAUGAUUGAAAACUUCCACAACGGCCUAGAGAAACGCUACAACGUCUCCAGCAACCCCACGGCAGAACAAGAAGCCCUCCUGGCGGCCGUCCGAUCCGUCUACAACCUCCACGUGUUCUACACCCUCGAAACCGAGCUCGCUGAAUUCCUUGAAGACGGAUACUUCUCCCCCGAACAAGCAGCCUGGACACGUCAAGCCCUCAAGGACUCUCUCAAAUCCGUCCGGCCCAACGCGGUGGGCUUUGCAGAUUGUUUUGGGUUCACGGAUAAGUUCCUGAACUCUGCGCUUGGAUCGUAUGAUGGACGGGCGUAUGAGCGUAUGGCGGAGAUGACAGAGUAUGAGCCGUUGAAUGGGAAGGAGAUGACGGAUGAGAGGGGCGUUGUGUGGGGGUAUGAGGAGUUCUUGAGGCCUUUGAUUUUUGGAGAGGUGGGUGCUUAUAAGGCGAGGAAGCCCGAGUCGAAGCUUUGA